UUAAAAUACCCAAAAGAAAAAGGGGGAAAAGUUGAAGAACUCCCACGCUCUGUUCUCUUGCUUUGAGGACUGCAGCAAGUGCAACAAGCCUGCUCGCAAUUCUCAAAGCUGAAUUAAAAUUCUUCGUUUUCUACUUUUUGCCUUUUUUUACUGUUUAUUGCCUUAAGAUUCACCAUUCCCAUAAACCAAAACACAUGCCCUCUCACUUCAUCGUCUUCUUCUACUCAGCUUCCUCUGUUUUUCUCCUGUGAGUGAUCCAUAGCCAUUUUCUUCAUCUGGGUCAGCUCAGAAUCAACAGAACAAGAACAAGAUGAUUAGCCUUUUAGAUUUUUAUCAUGUAAUGACCGCAGUGGUUCCUCUCUAUGUGGCCAUGAUUUUGGCUUAUGGGUCUGUGAAAUGGUGGAAGAUCUUCACGCCUGAUCAGUGCUCUGGAAUCAAUCGUUUUGUUGCUCUGUUUGCAGUGCCUCUUCUGUCUUUUCAUUUCAUCUCCACGAACAAUCCCUAUGCCAUGAACUUGCGGUUUAUUGCUGCUGAUACUCUCCAAAAACUCAUUGUUCUUGCUGUUCUUGCGGUUUGGAGCAAUAUAAGCAAAAGGGGUUGUUUAGAAUGGACGAUUACUCUGUUUUCCCUGUCGACUCUGCCCAAUACUUUGGUUAUGGGGAUUCCUCUGCUUAAAGGGAUGUAUGGAGAUUUCUCAGGGAGCUUGAUGGUUCAGAUUGUUGUACUUCAGUGCAUUAUUUGGUACACAUUGAUGCUGUUCAUGUUUGAGUAUCGAGGAGCUAGAAUGCUGAUUUCUGAGCAGUUUCCAGACACUGCUGGCUCUAUAGUAUCAAUCCAUGUUGAUUCCGACAUUAUGUCGUUGGAUGGAAGGCAAGUUUUGGAAACGGAAGCUGAGAUUAAAGAAGAUGGGAAGCUCCAUGUGACUGUGAGGAAAUCAAAUGCCUCAAGAUCAGAUAUCUUCUCGAGAAGAUCUGUGGGAUUGUCUUCUACAACUCCGAGGCCUUCAAAUUUGACCAAUGCAGAGAUUUACUCUCUGCAAUCUUCUCGGAAUCCAACUCCCAGAGGCUCAAGUUUUAACCACACUGAUUUUUACUCUAUGAUGGCUGCCGGUGGAAGAAACUCCAACUUUGGCUCUUCUGAUGUUUAUGGCCUUUCGGCAUCGAGAGGGCCGACACCUAGGCCGUCCAAUUACGAGGAGGAAGGCGGCGGCGGCGGGGGCGGUGGCAACAACGGCGGAAAGCCGAGGUUUCAUUACAAUGCCACAACAGGGGGCACUGUUAAUGCUAAUGCUAAUGCAAAUCAUUACCCUGCUCCAAACCCAGGAAUGUUUUCACCAACAGGAUCCAAAAACGCACAACCCAAUGCCAAGAAGCCUGCCAAUGGGGCUGUAGCUCAGCCGAAAACCGAGGAUGGAAGCAGAGAUUUGCAUAUGUUUGUGUGGAGUUCGAGUGCUUCCCCUGUUUCUGAUGUGUUUGGAAACCAUGAAUUUGGGGCUCAUAAUGAUCAGAAGGAUGUAAGAUUGGCUGUUUCUCCUGGAAAAGUGGAGGGUCGUAGAGAAAACCAAGAAGAGUAUGCAGAGAGGGAAGAUUUCAGCUUUGGAAACAGAGAGAUUAUGAACAGUAACAACAACAAUGGCGGAGCUGAGAAAGUCGGCGAUGUUAAACCCAAAACCAUGCCACCCACCAGUGUCAUGACAAGGCUCAUCUUGAUCAUGGUUUGGAGAAAGCUCAUCAGAAACCCCAACACUUACUCCAGUUUGAUCGGCCUCACUUGGUCCUUAGUUUCAUUCAGGUGGAACGUUGAAAUGCCAGCCAUUGUUGCAAAAUCAAUAUCUAUACUAUCAGAUGCAGGGCUUGGAAUGGCCAUGUUUAGUCUCGGGUUGUUCAUGGCUUUGCAACCAAGAAUCAUAGCAUGUGGGAAUAGCAUAGCAGCCUUUUCCAUGGCCGUGAGAUUCCUUACAGGACCAGCUGUUAUGGCUGUUGCUUCCAUUGCUGUUGGCCUUAGAGGAGUUCUCUUACGUGUUGCCAUUGUCCAGGCAGCUCUCCCACAAGGAAUUGUCCCCUUCGUGUUUGCCAAAGAGUACAACGUACACCCCGACAUUCUCAGCACCGGGGUUAUCUUUGGGAUGUUGAUUGCUUUACCGAUCACGCUUGUUUACUACAUAUUGCUGGGGAUUUGAAGGGUUUGGUCAGGCAUGGCUGCGGCCGCCAUGAGAGGCCAUUUCAAAAAGCUUCAAAGCUUUGGGAGAGAAGUCAAAAGGAGGAGAAAAGAGGAGAGAUUGAGGGAAUUGGGAUGAAUGAAUCUUCUUUGCAAGUAGAAGGAAAAGGAGGAUGAAAAAAAA